UUGAUGACGUUUUUUUCUUCACUUAAUCACACGAAGUACCGGUACCCUAAAUAAUGAUUCCCGAAUUGGUACUGAGUGUCUUUUAGCCUCGACGUGGUACGCCUGUCACGACUUUAUUGCAUUAAAACAUUAAUAACUAAAAUCUUCUCGACGGCGUAAAUUCGUCUCAUAGCACGUUAGUUUCUCGACCUAGCUUAGCUGAAUCGAGUUUUGCUCAGAUAACCAAGAAAUACCCUGGCUAUCAAAGAAUAGCUAAGCAGGGAUCAAGUGUGAGUGUUAAGUGUUGUGAUUUUAGUGUGAAAAAAGAUGUGAAAGAAGCGUACGGGGAGGAAGUUUUUUUCCCCAACAUCGGCCACUGGUCGCUGUCUUUCAAGCAGCCUCAACUUAUGUUACACGGCUAGGUUAGUAUACUUAUUCCUCUCAAAAUGAUCCAAACUACGGCAUUCCAUCUGUUGUAACAUUAAUACACACUAGUCUGUACGUUGGGCAUCUGAUGGGGCGUCACCAACAUUGAACACGAUUUUGAUCAGAAAGAGGUAAAUUGUGGGUCAGCAUGAACUGAAAUUUCCAGAUCCCCCUGCCAGUUGUGUUUUCACUACAUUCCACUCUGCAUUAUCCCCCGAUGCUUUAAUGUUUGUCAUACAUUGGCCACGUGAUCACAUUGUAGCAUUUUUCCUGAACGAGCCGGCUUGUUUGGAACGACACGUGCGACGUUUUUGCCUAUGCAUACGACCAACUCUACCUGGACAAGUAUACCGUCGACUAGAGUGUUUGUCUGUGGCACACGAGUGUGUUUCCACCUGUUGAAAGUUCUAUUCCGAGGAGGAGAGCUUACCCUGGUGAGCACCAGGUUGUCCCCAAGGACCACUGAAGAUCAUCGGCCUGAGCAGCAGAAGUGGUGCUCAAGAAUGGAGAGGCCGCCGCAGGAGCCCAACCCCAUGAAAGAGGAAGAGCGACUGGAGCCCUUUUUCCACAUUAAAGUGGAAGAGGAGCCAAAGUCCCCACACAUUAAAGAAGAAGAGCAAGAGGAUGAUAUCACCAAGUUUUUAUUGACCGAUGACAUUUCAAAGAGUGAAGAAGGUAAUGAUGACCACUGUGAGGGAUCCCAAUACAAGAGCUUCUUGGCUUCAGUCUCAGAUAGUGACAACAUAACAUCACACUCUUCUGAUACCGAUGAUGAUGAUGAACAACACUCUCUUGGUGAUAUGGCAUGUCGCACUGACAACAAACGUGUGAAAUGUUCUCAGUGUGACAAAACAUUUUUCAAUAAGUCAUCGUUGAAAACGCACGCAAGAACGCACACAGGCGAAAAACCUUUUGCCUGCUCAGUUUGUGGGAAAAAGUUCACCCAAAAAGGACAGGUAAUAGCACACAGUAGAACACACACUGGAGAGAAGCCUUUUGCCUGCUUAGUUUGUGAUAAAAGAUUCUCGAGAAAGGGAGAUUUAAGAACACACAAAAGAACACACACUGGGGAGAAACCUUUCGUCUGCUUGGUUUGUGGUAAAUGUUUCUCUAAAAAGACAAAUUUAACAACUCACAAAAGAACACACACUGGUGAGAAGCCUUUUGCCUGCUCAGUAUGUGGUCUUAGAUUCACUCAAAAGACAAAUUUAACAACACACACAAAAUCACAUGCUGAAGAAAAACCUUUUGCCUGCUUAGUUUGUGGAAAAACAUUCUAUGCAAAGACAAAUUUAACAACGCAUACAAGAAUACAUGCUGGAGAGAAGCCUUUUGCUUGCUCAGUUUGUGAUAAAAGAUUCUGUUCAAAGACAAAUUUAGCAGCCCACACAAGAACACACACUGGAGAGAAACCUUUUGCCUGCUCAGUUUGCGGUAAAAGCUUCUCGAGAAAGACUCAUUUAGCAGCGCACACACGAACACACACCGGAGAAAAACCCUUUGCCUGCUCAAUUUGCAGUAUAAGUUUCAGUGUCCGUUCAACAUUGGUUCAACACAUGGGAACACACACUGGGCAGAAAACGUUUGCCUGUUCAUUUUGUGGGAAAAGUUUCACCCGUAAGGAAAAAUUGAAGAUACAUGAAAGAACACACAAUGUAGAAAACCCUUUGUCCUUUUCAGUUAGCGGUGAAAGCUUCGCAGAAAAGGCAAGUUUAACACCAUGCAGAAGUAUACAUGCUAGAGAGAAACCUUUUGCCUGCUUAGUUUGUGGUAAAACAUUCACACGUAAGGAAAAAUUGAAUAUACACACAAGAACACAUACUGGAGAAAAACCUUUUGCCUGUUCAGUCUGCAGUAAAACAUUCACACGUAAAGAAAAAUUGAACAUGCACACAAGAACCCACACUGGAGAAAAGCCUUUUGCCUGUUUAGUUUGUGGUAAAAGAUUCUCUAAAAAGACAAGUUUGACAACACACACUAGAACACACAGUGGUGAGAAACCAUUCAGUUGCAGUGUUUGUGAGUUAAGGUUUAAUGAAACAUGUCAACUUAAGAAACACAAGUGUGCUGGUGAGAGGAGCAGCAGCUAUGAAGCUGCAGAAUAAACUGGGGCUGUCAUGGGCAUUCUUGACUCAUUUUCUACUCCCUUAAUCACUGUAUGAAGAUGUUUGUACAGUGGGCUAUGGACUGUAGGUGGCUCAUUUGUCAAAUGUUUUGAUAGCAUGUCAGGGAUUUUUUUCUUCUUUUUUCUUUCUACAGAACACACACUAUACAACUGAAUCACACCGAGAAGCACAGUCGAAAGAUUUUGUUGUUAUUCUGCCAAGUUAUCAAAACGGGUGUUUUAUCUACUUGACAAUAAAAAUUGUUUUCUUUUGUAUUUAUGUACAUUUCAAUGUCUGUAUUUUUUUAAAGAUUAGUCUGUACGUCAGUCUUUGUACACAAGUAACAGUUGGAUUCAGCUUUUCGAAUUCAUGCCAGGAGAGUUUGGCUGAAGGAGGACACACUAAAAAUGUGACUGUUAGCUAUUCAUGUGGCCAAAGCUGAAUAAAUAGAAUCUCUACGUAUCCUUAAAAUAAAUAUGAAUUUGGGACUUAUUGCUUGACAAAGGGUGACUUUCAACACGGCAUUGGUGGCAGCUGUAAUUUGGGUGCAUCUCCUGGCAUUUGGAGCUGUUGUCUCUUCUAGCCAGCCAUGCAACAUGGCUAUCUGAACUCGUUCUUUGGAGCAGCAAGUUGGGAAGACUAACAUGACUCGUGAUCUAUUCAAAGCCAUUUCAGACG